AUUUUUAAAAGCUGGCUCUCCAAUGCCAGCUAAAUAGAGCAGAAAUUUGAAUCUUGAGAUUGAAACCAAAUAUUGUCUAUUUGAUGAGAAUGCAUUUGGGGAUUUCUAGGUGUUAUGAAAAACUAGCGCUUUCAAAAAAGCAACCCCUGAUGAAGGAAGACUGAUGUUACUGAACAGGAAUAAAGGUAAUUGAAGGAAUGAAUUCUAAAGAAAUUUAAUGAAAGUAACUUUAAAAUAAUGUUUUAUGAAGUUUUCUUUUUUAAAUUGCAUAUUCAGGGGCACCUGAGGGGGUUAUGCAUCCAAUUUUUGGUUUUGGUUCAGGUCAUGAUCUACGGCUUCGUGGGUCUGAGCCCCACAUAGACCUCCUCGCUGGCAGUGUGGAGCCUACUGGGGAUUCUCUCUCACUCUCUCUCUGCCCCUUCCACUUAUGCUGUCUCUCUCUCACACAAAAUAAAUAAAUAAACACUAAAAACUUUUAAAAAACUAAAUUGUAUAUCCAAAAAAUUGGGGUUUCUUUUACAUAUCUUUGUUAUAUAUUUACUUGAUACAGGGAAUUUAGGCCUAGUAGAUACAUACAUCUUGAAAAGUAGAUAAACUAAAAAAAAAAAAAAAAAAAAGCUUUUGCAAAACUAAGACCCAGCCUGUGUGAUCUGCAGCCUGGAAUUUGAAAGACAAUAGAGAACUUCACCUCAUGGGUGUGUUUGAUUCAACAACAAACUCACCAUCACUUAAUUAAUGAAUGAGACAUGUGUUUAUUUUAAGCCUUCUAUGACUCUUCUAGGCACUGGAUUGGGUUGCAAUGGCUUUGAGGGUAAGAAUCUGUGCUAACUUUCAGACAGGCACAAUGUAGUGGAGGAGCUCACGGGAGUUUUCAGCACAGAUGUUUAGUGUGCUGAGAAAAAUAAAUCAAAGACUCUUAAACUUUCCCCUGUAGGUGAAAUGACAUACUAUUUCAGCAAAACUCUGGCUCCACACUUAAACUUCUGUUAAUCUACGUUCAAAAUUUGUUCCUUGGGCUUUCUCCUAGAGAACUGGCUGGAGGACAACAAAGAAGCAACUGAGGAAUGAGAAACCACACAGAAAUAACAGAGUUUAUCCUCCUGGGAUUGUCAGAUGACCCACAGCUUCAGGUGGUGAUCUUUGUCUCUCUGCUCAUCACCUACAUGCUCAGCAUCACUGGCAACCUGACCAUUAUCACCCUUACCCUGCUGGAUUCCCACCUCCAGACCCCCAUGUAUUUCUUCCUCAGAAACUUCUCCUUAUUAGAGGUUUCAUUCACAACUGUCAGCAUACCCAAGUUCCUGGGCACCAUGAUGACUGGAGAUAAAACCAUUUCCUUUAAUGACUGCAUUGCUCAGCUAUUUUUUUUCAUUCUCUUGGGAGUCACUGAAUUUUACCUUCUGGCCGCCAUGUCCUAUGACCGUUACAUUGCCAUCUGCAAACCUCUGCAUUACAUGACCAUCAUGAAUCACAGAGUCUGCAUACUCCUUGUCUUCUCUUCGUGGCUAACGUCAUUCUUAAUCAUAUUCCCCGCACUCAUGUUGCUCCUAAACCUUAAUUACUGUAGGUCUAAUGUUAUUGACCAUUUUACCUGUGAUUAUUUUCCCCUGCUGCAACUUUCCUGUUCAGACACAAAAUUCUUAGAGGCGCUGGGGUUUUCCUGCGCUGUGUUCACUUUAAUGUUCACUUUGGCCUUGAUAUUUCUGUCUUACACAUAUAUCAUCAGAACAAUUUUAAGAAUUCCUUCUACUAGUCAGAGGAAAAAGGCCUUUUCCACAUGUUCAUCCCAUAUGAUUGUCAUCUCCAUCUCCUAUGGCAGCUGCAUUUUCAUGUACAUUAAUCCAUCAGCAAAAGACACAGUGUCUCUGAGCAAGGGAGUUGCUGUGCUAAACACCUCAGUGGCCCCCAUGCUGAACCCCUUUAUUUACAGCCUAAGGAAUCAGCAAGUCAGGCGAGCCUUCAUGGACAGGGCAAGGAAGAUUGUAUUUUUCUCCAGAUAACGAAAGGCUGUGGUGUCAUGAAUUAGCCACAUACCACAUGGCAAUUUAAAAUAUACAAACAUGAAAUUCAAGGAAUUCUUCAGGUCACAAUGGCCUUCCUGUUUCCUUAUUCAUUCUUUGUUUGUUUCUAACAAUUUAGAAGCACCUUUAAUAUAUUUCCCAUUCAAUUAUAAUAACUUCAUAUGUCUUUCUAGUUCCCAGUCUUCUGAACACAUUGUUAGUUGCAACUUCUUGAGCAACUAUUGUUUUAUACAGUAUCAUAGUUUGAGUUUUGUUUAGGAAAACAAUUAUCACCAGGAAUGGAGAGGCUCUGUAAAUAUUGAUAUAUUUUAUUUAAUCUAUACAGAAAAUAUAAUUAUAUGAUUUUCGUUGACAGGAAUUCCCUCACCAUCUUGUCAUUUUUCUAGGAAAAAAAAUUCUUCAAAUGCCAUAUCAUUUACAGAAAAAAAUGUGAAAGUUUUCAUUUAAAAAACACAUUUAAAAAACAAGAAACAUUGCACACUUAAUAGGUAUGUCCAUACAAAUUAUCUAUUGGUUAAAAAAAAAGCAAUCUCUAAUAAUAUAUACUUUUGUAUUCAUGUUGCCAAAUAGAUCUCCAUAUUUACAAAUUCCAUAAUUACUCAGUAGAUAUAGGUAGAUAUACAGGUAGAUACAUAUAUACAAACAUGUAUGCAUACAUACAUACUAUAGAAUAUAUAUAGUAUAGUAUACUAUAUAUACUAUAUAUAGUAAGCAUACAUUUGCACAUACUGUAGAAAACUAUGAAGUAAUAGCUGUUUUAGAUAUGUAGGAUCAGUUUACUUUCUCUAAUUUCAUAGAAUGUAAGCUCCACUUUCUAACUAUGCUGAAAUAUUAAUUAUACUUCUUUCUCUACUUUUGGACAUGCUUGAAACAAGACAUGUGUCUGAAUUAUUUAAUGCCUAGACAAAAUCUUUUAGGUUUUGUAGAAACUUUGUAAAAGCUUUAUAGCAGAGCAAAAUUUUAUAUUUAUCUAAAUUUAUAUUUAU